AUGGAAAAGAUCCACAGCAUGUCUUGCGAGUGUUCAAAAUCUGAAGUUGAUUUAUUCACUCUACCACCCACGCAAACAACCAUUGAAAAUGGAAAAUGGGUCGAAUACUUUCCCCUGACCAACAUCGCGGAUGCUACUCCUAUUCAAUUUCAUAUACAAGGAUCUACCGAUGAGUACACCGACCUAUCGCAGAGUUUGUUGCACCUACAAAUUAAAGUAGUGAAUGGUGACGGUACACCCCUGGACGACGACGCCCAAGUUGCUCCCACAAACCUUUUCAUGCACGCUCUCUUCAGUGAUGUGGACAUGAUGCUCAACGAUAGACUGAUCACACCGUCAACCAAUACCUAUCCCUAUCGUUCGAUGUUUGAAUCAUUGCUAACCUUUGGACCUGCAGCGAAAGAAUCUCAACUCACAUCAUCGUUAUUCUACAAGGACACGCCAGGAUACAUGGAUGAUGGCAAUCCCUUGGCUGCUGUGAAAGGAAAUGAUGGAAUGAAGAAACGUUAUGAAUUUAUCAAAAAUAGUAAGACACUCGACAUGAUUGGCGUUCUGCAUUUGGACAUGUUUUUUCAAGAGCGAAUGUUAUUAGGCGGUGUCGAUAUCAAACUUAAACUGAAUCGUAGUAAGAAUAGUUUCAGUCUCAUGUCAAGCAACGUAAAUGCAAACUACAGAGUUGUCAUCACAAGCGCCUCUCUUCAGGUUAGACGUGUAAGAUUGAGCCCAGAAGCAUGUCUCAGUCAUGCAAAACAUUUAGAGACACAAACUGCUAAAUACCCUAUCAGACGAGCAGAUGUCAAGACGUUUAGCAUCCCUCGCGGAAAUUUGUCUUUCACCAGAGAAAGCCUCAUUCUGGGCCAAAUUCCAAAACGAAUAGUUGUUGGAUGUGUCAGCAAUACUGCCUUUAAUGGGGAUUACAGAAAGAAUCCAUUCAACUUUCAUCACUACGAUUUGAAUUUUAUGGCCUUGUACGCAGACUCCGAACAGGUUCCUUGGAAACCAUUACGCCCGAAGUUCUCCGAACAAGACCCGAACUAUAUUUUGGCAUACCAGACGCUGUUUUCUGGCAUCAAUUCCAUGUUUCAAGAUAAAGGCAAUCAGAUUGACAGAAAAGAUUAUGGUCAUGGGUAUACCCUGUACGCGUUUGAUUUAACCCCUGAUUUGUCUUCUGGUGAUUGUUUCAAUCUGAGAAAAAAUGGCAAUGUACGUCUAGAGAUGCAGUUUGCCGAACCUCUGUCUGAAACCAUCAAUGUACUGGUAUACGCAGAAUAUGAAAGUGUUAUAGAAAUUGAUCGAAACCGUAAUGUCAUCGUUGACUUUGGAAGUUAG